CCAGGGACGGCUGCCUGGAGCUCGGAGGACGCGGAGCGCGCCGCGCCCCGGCCACGAACCGAGGGUCUUUUAAUGAUCGGAUCCUCCCCAGCUGAUGCCUGGGAGAUGGCAGUCACUGCUCAUUCAGCCUUGAAGACAGUUAAGUGCUCGCUCAGCACCAUCACUUAGAAGACAGAAUUUAAGAGGAGCCCUCCUGGGCGCGAGCCUGGGCUCCCUGACGCCCGGGAUGACUGCAGCCAGCCGGGCCAACCCCUACAGCAUCGUGUCCUCAGAGGAGGACGGGCUGCACCUGGUCACCAUGUCCGGCGCCAACGGUUUCGGCAAUGGCAAGGUGCACACGCGGCGCCGCUGCCGCAACCGCUUCGUCAAGAAGAACGGACAAUGCAACAUCGAGUUCGCCAACAUGGACGAGAAGUCGCAGCGCUACCUGGCUGACAUGUUCACCACGUGCGUGGACAUCCGCUGGCGCUACAUGCUGCUCAUCUUCUCUCUGGCCUUCCUCGCCUCCUGGCUGCUGUUCGGGGUCAUCUUCUGGGUCAUCGCCGUGGCGCACGGCGACCUGGAGCCAGCCGAGAGCCGCGGCCGCACGCCCUGCGUGCUGCAGGUGCACGGCUUCAUGGCGGCUUUCCUGUUCUCCAUCGAGACGCAGACCACAAUUGGCUACGGGCUGCGCUGCGUGACGGAGGAGUGCCCAGUGGCCGUCUUCAUGGUGGUGGCCCAGUCCAUCGUGGGCUGUAUCAUCGACUCCUUCAUGAUCGGAGCCAUCAUGGCCAAGAUGGCACGGCCCAAGAAGCGGGCGCAGACGCUGCUGUUUAGCCACAACGCCGUGGUGGCGCUGCGCGACGGCAAGCUCUGCCUGAUGUGGCGUGUGGGCAACCUGCGCAAGAGCCACAUCGUGGAGGCGCACGUGCGGGCCCAGCUCAUCAAGCCCCGGGUCACGGAGGAGGGCGAGUACAUCCCGCUCGACCAGAUCGACAUCGACGUGGGCUUCGACAAGGGCCUGGACCGCAUCUUCCUCGUCUCGCCCAUCACCAUCCUGCACGAGAUCGACGAGGCCAGCCCGCUGUUCGGCAUCAGCCGGCAGGACCUGGAGACGGACGACUUCGAGAUCGUGGUCAUCCUCGAGGGCAUGGUGGAGGCCACGGCCAUGACCACGCAGGCCCGCAGCUCCUACCUGGCCAACGAGAUCCUGUGGGGCCACCGCUUCGAGCCCGUGCUCUUCGAGGAGAAGAACCAGUACAAAAUCGACUACUCGCACUUCCACAAGACCUACGAGGUGCCCUCCACGCCCCGCUGCAGCGCCAAGGACCUGGUGGAGAACAAAUUCCUGCUGCCCAGCGCCAGCUCCUUCUGCUACGAGAACGAGCUGGCCUUCCUGAGCCGCGACGAGGAGGACGAGGGGGAUGCCGACCCCGCCGGCCGCAGCCCCCAGGCCAGGCAUGACUUCGACAGGCUGCAGCCCAGCGGAGGAGCCCUGGAGCAGCGGCCCUACAGGCGGGAGUCGGAGAUCUGA